AUGGAUCUCCCUGUUGUGGAUUUUUCGUCGUGGACCACCUCUCAGGAUGAAGCGUCUCGACGGCCCGUGGCACAACAGCUGGUGGAAGCAUGUCAGCAGGUCGGAUUCGUUCGAAUUAUCAAUCAUUCAUUACCGGAAACAACUCUCGACAAUGCAUUUGACUGCAUGAAACGGCUCUUUGCGCUUCCAGAAGAGGAGAAGAUGAAAGCUCGCCAUCCAGAAGGCUGGGCAGUUCAUCGCGGAUAUUCGUGGCCUGGGCUGGAGAAGGUAACCCAGGUCAAGAGCUCAGCUGAGUACGAGGAAGUGAGAAACGGAUUAAGGAAAGUUCCUGAUGUCAAGGAAGUCUACGACAUCGGAAGUGAUGACUGCGCUGCCCAGCCAAAUCAAUGGCUCCCCAAUAGCUCUCUACCCGGAUUCCGAGCGUUUAUGACUAAGUUUUACUGGGAAUGUGACCGGGUCGGCAGAGAGAUUCUUCAGGCCCUUGCCUUAGGGCUAAACUUGGAAGACAUAGAUUAUCUGACAAGGAAGCAUGGGGGACACGACAACCAGCUCCGGCUGCUGCAUUACUUAGCUGUUCCCGCUGAGGACCUGGAAAGCGAGCGUGUAAGCCGCUGCGCAGCGCACACGGACUGGAGCUCAAUUACCAUGCUCUUCCAAGACGACUGUGGUGGGCUGGAAGUCGAAGACAUUUCACGCCCCGGCACAUUUAGACCAGCUUCUCCGGUUCGAAACAGUAUCAUCGUUAACGUCGGAGACCUGUUGCAGAGAUCGACUUCGUUCCACAAAUCAUCGAGUUGGGCUACCGGAGCUUUCGGACCGGUUCAAAGGUCCGAAUCGGAUGACGCGCGAACGAUACUCGAUUCCUUACUUCAUGUCGCCAGAUGA